GCGGUGCGGAAGGCGGCGGGUCGCGGGCCGGGUGAGCCCAGAGCCAGGAAGGGCUGGGGUCCCUGCGAAGCGGCGCGGGGUGAGGUAGCCCUGCGCUCCGAGACAGGCCAGCUGGCGAGGAGUCGCGGGGGAGCCAGGCUUUCCGUAGGGUAGAGUGAGCCCAGCAGAGAAGUGCUAGAGGGACCAGCCCCUAUUCUUCAUCGUGCUGAGUGGACUAUGGUGGCAGGAAGAUGUUGGCUCGGAAGAGUAUUAUCCCUGAAGAGUAUGUGUUGGCACGGAUCGCUGCCGAGAACCUGCGCAAGCCACGCAUCCGAGACCGGCCACGCAAAGCCCGCUUCAUUGCCAAGAACGGCGCGUGCAAUCUGGCACACAAGAACAUCCGUGAGCAGGGGCGAUUCCUGCAAGACAUUUUCACCACCUUGGUGGACCUGAAGUGGCGUCACACACUGGUCAUCUUUACCAUGUCCUUCCUGUGCAGCUGGCUGCUCUUCGCUAUGAUGUGGUGGCUGGUGGCUUUUGCCCACGGGGACAUGGACCCGAGCACAGAAAAUGCUACAAACAGCACAAAGUGGACACCGUGUGUGACAUGUGUCAGGUCUUUCACCUCUGCAUUCCUCUUCUCCAUUGAAGUUCAGGUGACCAUUGGUUUUGGUGGCAGGAUGAUGACAGAGGAAUGCCCCUUGGCCAUCACGGUCUUGAUCCUGCAGAACAUCGUGGGUCUGAUCAUCAAUGCUGUGAUGCUGGGCUGCAUAUUCAUGAAAACUGCACAAGCUCACAGGCGGGCUGAGACCUUGAUUUUCAGCCGGCAGGCAGUCAUUGCAGUUCGAAAUGGCAAACUUUGCUUCAUGUUUCGAGUGGGGGACCUGAGGAAGAGCAUGAUCAUUAGCGCCUCGGUGAGAAUCCAAGUUGUUAGGAAGACUACGACCCCCGAAGGAGAAGUCAUACCUAUUCACCAAGUAGAUAUCCCUGUGGAUAACCCCAUUGAAAGCAAUAAUAUUUUCCUCGUGGCUCCCUUAAUCAUUUGUCACGUCAUAGACAAACGGAGUCCUCUUUAUGACAUCUCUGCUGCUGACUUGGUGCUCCAGGACCUGGAGCUCAUUGUGAUACUUGAAGGAGUCGUAGAAACAACUGGCAUCACGACACAGGCAAGAACCUCCUACGUAGCAGAGGAGAUCCUGUGGGGUCACCGCUUUGUACCCAUCGUCACCGAAGAGGAAGGCGUGUACGCAGUUGACUACUCCAAGUUUGGCAACACCGUCAAAGUGGCUGCACCACGUUGCAGUGCUCGAGAGCUUGACGAGAAGCCGUCCAUUCUCAUCCAGACUCUGCAGAAGAGUGAACUGUCCCACCAAAACUCCCUGCGGAAACGCAACUCCAUGAGGAGAAACAACUCCAUUCGGAGGAGCAACUCCAUGCGGAGGACCAAUUCCUCCCUCAUCGUACCCAAAGUGCAGUUUAUCACACCUGAGGGGAGCCAGAGUGCCUCAGAAACAUGAUACACAGCUUUGUGUGAGGUCUGUGGGCAUUGGCAGGAGAAGGCAUCUGCGAUGUUUUGUUUAAAUUUUCUCUUACUUAGGAAAAUGGGAACACAAUGCAGAAAAGAACCAUGCAAGAACUAUUUAUUCUAUUACUUACUGAAAGCACCAGCUAAUGGCAUUAGGAAACACUUGAGCACUUAGUGUAUGAAUGAGUAAAAAAUGGCACGUACACUAAAAAGAAAAACACAGUUCACUCAUGUAAUAUAAUGUGUAUUUAUAUUUGUUUUAAUGGCAUUCUAUUUUUGUAAGCAUAUUUUUCGUGUCAAAGGUCUCUUACCUUCUUCAGCUAGCUGUCACAGAAUAUGGUUUUCUUCGUAUGUCACUGGGUUACCCACCUGCAGGCAGAAGUGAGUGUCUUUUCAAAACUGCUGCACACAGCUGCUCCACUCCCGCCAAUUUUAUGAGGGUUACUUGGAUAUCAAUCUUUUUCAGGUUAAUUCCAUGUUCUCUUGAAAGGAAUAGCUGAAUUCUUCAAUGAUUUCACUGGAGAAGAGUCGAUAUUCUGCCUGCAGUUUUCCAGACCUUUUCUUUCCAUUGGUUUAUGGCAAAGGCAUUUUGAGAGCAAAUUUAGGGCAGCUGAAAUGACCCAGCCAUCUCAUAGGAAAACUAGUGCCACUCCGGGCAGCACCGGAAGAAAAAGCAGUGAAAUGGCAUGGCCUUUUGCACAGUCCUGCUCUUCUUCUCAGGAUGAGAUACUCCACUGCAAAACAAUGUGCAUCUAUAAUGUCCCAUCAGCCACCUGAGUAUCUAUCCAUUUCACUGAGAUUAUUCAAGCUGAAAAAAGCAAACACCUCUUUAGCAACCUCUUUGUACUGGAGGAAGACCAAAUCCUGGCUUGUGUUCUCUGAUAGAUCCAUACACUGAAGUAUACUUCCUUCACUUACAGUUUUUUUUAAUAGGAUUAUAUCUGUCUACUUCAGCAGAAGAUUACUUUUUGACAGUAGGAGUUCAUGAAUGGGAAUGAGAAGGAACCGUGCCAAUAGUGUUACAGUAUGUUCAAAACUAUCUGAACAAUGUUCAGGUGGACUUGGGUGCUGCUGCUGAAUUCAUAUUCAUCAACAAUGUCUCACCUGUGGUUUUAUAUGUGGCAUUGAAAAUUGGUGGCAAAUGACUUUUCUCUUCAAAUUAAAAUGCGCAUUUGUUAUCUAGUGCCUUCCCAAAAAUGUCAUCACAAGUUUUUCUAGAAGAAUAAAUGAGUGUACGGCAACUAGUUGUAUCACACUUGGUAAUGAUAAACUGAUGCAUACUUUUUGCCUCAGUGGAUAAGCAGUAUAACUAUGGAAAAAUUCCCGUGCAAGUUUCUUACUAAAGUUGUCCUGUGUCUGUGGUUCAAAAGAAAUGCUGUCUUUGUCCUGACUCUGAGUGACUCAAACUCUUAAAGAAUUAUGUAAUUUUAAAUAUUUGCAUAUUCCUGUCAGGUAAAAUAGUCAAAAGCAAUGUUGGAUUCUCAUACUCUUUGGAAGCCAGUUCAUCAGCACUUUUUGCAGGCUUCAUGCCCUAUUGGGUGGUGGCAUGGAGGGGCAUUGGUCUAUGGUGUAGACUCCUUGCAUUUGGAGCAGGUGCACUCUGGAACAUAAACACUGACAAAAUACUUCAUAUGAAGCAGGAGCAGAGACUGAAGUUUCUGCUAAAAGGAUUCAUUCUCUGGCCUACCCAUUAAUGUUCUGGAAAGAUGGACGAUGAACAUCUGGAGAUAUUAAUCUGUCCAUUCUGUACCAACAAUGAACGUCUGUAGCUUCCAAGAAAAGUCAGAGCAAAAUGUAUACAAUUUGUCUCUGGCCUCCAUUUCUAGGGAUGUGAAUCUCUUUGAGGCUGUCUGUUUGAUAUAUGGUUAAGCAGAUGCUGUACAAAAGCAAAUUUUCUACAAAAUAAAAAAAGUGACAAUAA